CACCGGUUGCUGAACGUUGUCCGUGCGAGGCAUUGUUUGCUGACAAUUUAAAAAAUAAUAAUUCGAAGAAAGCUACUUACCAAAUUAUAGCCUAUUAUUCAUUAUAAUGACCUAUACGUAAUGUUUACAGUAAUGUGUGUAAAUUUCGUUUAAUUUCGGUAAACUGAUAAAGCCGUAAAAAAUGGAUUAUAAGCCUGUCUAGCACAAAAGUUUGAGUUCUCAGAAGUCACAACGCUCAUGUCUUCUCCAGUGGCGACUUUCGGCAAUGCAGGAGGGGCAAAGGGGAAAGGAAGUUAUUUUGGAACUUCUGGCGGAGCUCGGUGCGUCUUUUCCCGUCGCUCGAGGAGCGGAGCUUGUUCCGUUAACGGUCAGAGGGGGGACGUCAUCGAGCUUGGGGGGGGGGAAACGUGCUUUUUACACCGUUUCUCUUAUGAAAACCACCGAAAACGGAGAACUUUUCCUUUUCAGCAUCCCGGGAAAACUUCCACCAGCAAGGGCGAUGCGAUGUGACUGAGCUAUGCCUUGUGGAAAUGGACAGACUGUAUCUAAGCGAAAACAUGGCGUCUGCGUCCCAAAGUCCGGACUGCUUUGCGUUCUGCUUCUCGCACUCUGCUGCCGCGAGCUGUCGUCUGGGGCUCCGGGGGACGGCGGAGCGUGCAGCCCGUGUCCCGGGAACUGCUCGUGUGCAGUGGUGGGACCGCGGAGCUCCUGCGUGGUUAACUGCUCCGGCCGCGGACUGGAAUGGGCCCCUCCGGCGCCCGACCUGCCGAGCGACACGAACACCUUAGAUCUCUCCAAAAACCGAAUCUCUUCUGUGGACUCCAGUCUGUUCAAUCGCCUCACCGCAGUCAAGGAGCUAGAUUUGAGCAACAACCAGAUCACCACCAUUGAGGGAAGAAUAUGUGAUAAUUUAUUUAAUUUAACCACAAUUGAUAUGAGCGGAAACCCUUUUGUUUGUGACUGUAUGAUGAUCCAGUCGGUCAGCUGGCUGCAGAAGAAAGGAGUCACCCUGAGGAAAGCCAAUCACAUGCUCUGUGACCACCCACCCGAACUCAAGGACCAGCCAGUGCUCAAUGUCAGCUUGCAAACCUGUGAGUUGUAUUAUGCAGGUUGCCUGCAGGUUGACGGUCACCCGGGCAGGAGUGAGCUGGUGAUCUUCUCCUCGCUGGCAGCGGGGAACUUCUCCCGGGUGGAGUGUAACUCCAUGUGCCUGCUAGACCGGCAGCUGUACGGGGGAUUGGGGGCAUGUGGCGAGUGUCUGUGCAGCACCAACUCCAAGCCUAACCACAUCAGCGAGGCCCGGUGCUCUGCCGCCUGCUCCAACCCCCUCAUUAUGAGGGACUGUGGCCUGACUGUUGCACGGGACGUCUUCCAGGUGAACUUCUCGGUGCACGUGCCGGCGGUGCGUGUGAGCGUCCACUCUGAAGCCGAUCUCUCCAUCCAGUCGUCUGUGCUGAACGUGUCACUCACGUGGGACUUUGGAGACAUGUCCCCCCGAAUGAACACCUCCGGCCCGGCCAGCGGGGGGCGCCAUAAGUACGGGGUGCCGGGGCGCUACUUGGCGCGGGUGAGCGCGGUGGCGGCCCACCGGGAGGUGAGCUCCCAUGGGGAGGUGCGUGUGGAGCUGCCCCCCAGGUUGGAACUCCGCUGCCCAGCACUGCUGGUGGCCAAUCAGAGUCUGGAAGAGGCGGUGACGCUGGUGAACUGGGGUGGAGUGGGCAUGGCUGUAGACUGGAAGGUCAGGAAGGAUGAAAGAGAGGUGGGAAGAGCCGAGCCUCCGUGUGUGUCGGGCGCCGUGCGCCACGCUGACUCCACACGCUGUUUUCAGCUGCUUGUGGGUGAGUCUAGCUGGCUGGAGGCGCGCCGCCUGUGUUCCGCCAGAGGGGGCGAGCUUGCGGUGGUGCGCUCCCGUGACAUCCAGGACAGCCUAGCCCGGCACAUUACCCAGGAGUGUGGCGUGUGGCUGGGCCUCAGUGAUGUCGACUCUCCGGGCUCUCUGCGCUGGGUGGACGGUGCGGCGGCGCGAGCAGGUGAGGGCGGGCCGAGGGAUCGCCCCACGCUGGUGGACGGAAACGUGUGUGCGGCCCUGGACCAGAGUGGCCGCACCAGCCUCCGCCCCUGCAGCACCAAGCGCGCCUAUGUCUGCCAGUUCACCCGCCCAGUGCGUGUGUCGGAUGCAGGGGUGUACAGGGUGGGGACGGCUGUGUUUAACACUCGGAGAAAUCUUAGUAUUCCAGAAGUGUCACCCAAUGCGACUGCUCACACACCAGCCAACACAGUGGAGAUGUUUCUCUUCCCCACGUUGAGUUUCUCGACUGGCGGACGUCUCUCAUCUCUGGAGCUGAUCACACACACCCUGAGUUCACACACACAGGUGCGCUUCCAGCUGUAUCGCCCACACUGCCAGCAGCCCGGACUCCACCUGCUUCUGCCAGGCUGCGGUGACCUCUGCACCCCGAUAGCUGUGUGCCUGCCCCUUGGACUGCGACCCAAUGACACCUCCACACCCAGCUCCUCCCCCUGGGGCCCAUCCUGCCCCAUACUUCACCAGUGGUGCCCCUUCACCCACUCCUGCCUGCCCCUGACCCACCCCUGCCAGUCUGGCUCUUGCCCCAACUGCUCAGGGGUGGAGGCUCUGCUCCCGGGCACUCUGCUGCCUCACUACAGCCUGGUAGGGGAGGCCGUGUUCACCAUGGUACCCGGAGCCUCCUCGCACGUGCUGGUCCAGGAGGAGUUGGAAGACCUGCUCGUUGCCCCCGGGGACUUCAUCGCCCUCCAACAUGACGCCGGGCCCUCAGGCCUACUCAGCUGCUCGCCUGACCCUUCAUCACCAUGGAAACAGAGCUUCCUGCUCCAGAAUCGCUCCAAUUGGCUGGACCCUAACCAGACUCUAGAGGGGAGCAAAGCCGGCGAUUGGAUAAAAGAGUCGGCAUGUCAGAUCAGGGUUCUGUACGUCGGACAGAACCAAACCAAACUGCGGGGGCCGUUUCUCAAAGCUGGGCUGCCCCACCCAGGCAACUACAGUCUGGAAGUGACGUUGGACGAUCCCGACUUUCCAGUUAUUGCUUCCUGUCCAAUACAUGUCAUCCCACCACUGGGCCUCGCUGUCGUCUAUCCGACCAUUCAGAACGGGACAGUUUAUUUCUUACCCAAUCAGACUUCGGUCCUGGUCAAAGUUUGCUCUGAAAACAAUGCUGUGGUUGGCUGGCAGGGUAGCAAUGUAACCGUCCCCUUCCAGCAUUCCUGUCCACAGACACUGGUGCCUACAGUUGCUGACUGCAGAAUGGCUGACCCAAACAAUGACGUCCUCUUUGCCUGGCUGGACCUUCAGCCGGGCUCCAUGCCUGGUCCGACCAGCAUGGUGCUGCACGUCCGAAGUGAAGUGGCUGAGGCGGAGCUGGAGAUCCAGGCCAGGGUGGAGGAGCCACUGCGAGGGCUACAGGUCAACCCUCAUCCUGGACACAGAGUGCUGAUGGCGUCCGUAGUGAGCUACACUGCAUUUGUCGAGGGAGGAACCGAGCCCACUUUCCAGUGGACGGUGGACGAUAAGCCGUACUUCACCUACUACAACACUGUGCUCAACAUCAUCUACCAGAACGCGGCUGUCUACAAACUCACAGUAACAGCCAAAAACCAUGUGAGCAGCCUUAAAGAGGAUUUCAACGUGACCGUGGACAGAAUGAACCCCAUGGGUGAGAUCACAGUGAGGUCUCCAGAGAUCGUAACGCAGGGGCUUGCCCAGACCCUGUCCGCCUCCCUGGAGGUGGACCCCUCAGUGGACGCCACGUUCCGCUGGUCAUUUGGAGAUGGAGGUGAGGAGAUGCACCACUUUAAGCCACGCUACGAGGACCAGAGUUCUGAGCCCUUUAAGAAGCAUUUAAUUCUGCAGCAUGAUGUCAAAUACAUCUACAGCCAGCCAGGAAAAUAUACUCUCGAGGUCAAUGUCUCCAACCACUAUGAAAACAGAAGCCACAAAGUUGACGUGUACGUCUUCAGCAUUUUAACGCUAGUAGAGAUCCAGACUGAUCCCGAGCUUCUGCAGGUCGGAAAGGCGGCUGCGUUUGAGGCCCAUCCUCUUCCGUCCCCUUACGGAAUCAUCUACACAUGGGACUUUGGGGACAACUCCAGCCUGCAGCAAGGCCACAAGGGCAGAGUCCAACACGCAUACGCACGCCGCGGUCCCCAUACAGUCUGUGUGAAUGUGAACAACACCGUCAGCAGCUUGAGCAGUUGCAAAGACCUGAUGGUAUAUGAGGAUAUUGAAGGUUUGGACGUGCCAUCGAGUGCCCCCACAGAGCUCAACACCCCUACAGUUGUCAUGGCUACUUUGGAAACAGGAAACAAUGUCAGCUGGAGGUUUGAUAUGGGUGACGGGACUGUGCUCACGGGCGUGGAACCAAGGGUGGAGCAUGUGUAUGUAAAAGAUGGAAACUACACGGUCAACAUAACUGCAGCUAAUGCCAUCAGCUCAAGAUGGGUGACAAUACACGUUCAAGUGUUUGUGCUGCAGGUGUUGUGGUUGGAGCCUGUGGGAUGCGUUCAGGAAAAAACUGACAUCAGCUUCCAUGCUCACGUCUCAGGAAAUGCCUCCUCUCACCAAUACGUGUGGAGUUUUGGGGACGGAACUACCAAUGAAACUCACUACGGAACCGCUAGCAUUACUCACUCUUAUUAUAGCAGUGGAAAAUACCAUCUUUCCCUGCUCAUGUCCAGCAGUGCAAACAAGGCUAAUUUCUUCAACUGGAUCUGCGUUCAACCUGUCAUCACCAACGUGACUCUAGUGUCCUCAAACGGACACAUCAGACUCGGAGAGGAAAACAGUUUUACUGUAACUGCCCUUCCAAUGUUUGACUACACCUACCUAUGGGACUUUGGGACCAGUGACUCUGGUUAUCCCAUUCAAGGCAGUGACACAAUAGUUUUCACAUACAAGAGCCCAGGACUGUAUCUGGUAACUGUAACAGUCCUUAAUAACAUUUCCUACAGCAACAGCACAGUCCAGGUCGAGGUGCACCAACCCGUGGGCUGUCUGCUGAUACAGCACAAUGGAACCCGAGGCAACAACCUGGCCGUGAAGCAGAACUACAGCUUCCUGUCAUCUUCAGACUCAGCUAACGUUGUCUACAUUUGGGACUUUGGAGAUGGCUCUGUCCUCCCAGGACAGAACGUGACACACGGCUACAAUACCUCAGGGACCUUUAACAUCCGCCUGAGGGGUAAGAAUGAAGUAAGCGAAAAUAAAAGCGAAAUCACCGUAACUGUUCUAGCGCCAAUUCAGGGACUGUCGGUCAAUGCCAGCCAUGUCAAUGUCCACUUGAACGACUCAGUCCACUUCUUGGCCCACCUUGACCAAGGAGAUAAGGUGCUAUAUUCAUGGAUCCUGUGUGACCGCUGUACCUCCAUUCCAGGAUCAAAAACAAUGUUUUACACUUUCCGCUCAGUUGGGACAUUUAAUGUGAUUGUGACUGCCGAAAAUCACAUCAGCGUUGCUCAGGCUAGUAUCUUUAUAUUCGUCCAGCGGGAGCUGGAGGGCUUGCAGAUUGUGUCCGAUGAGCUUGGGGAAGGGUGCUGUUUUGCAACCAGCCACGUUCUUCACCUGCAAGCUUCAGUAAAAGAGGGCACUAACAUGUCUUUUAGCUGGAACCUUUUGAGGGAACAUGAGAACACUGCUACUCUUAAUCUCACAGGCAAAACCAUAGACCUCAAUUAUUCUACUCCUGGUCCCUGCGAGGUCAUCCUGAAGGCCACCAACUUGCUUGGCCAAUUAACCGUUAACCGCACAAUUGAUUUUCUGGAAGCUGUCGGAAAGCUGGUCCUUAAGGCUGUCCCCAACCCCACCCCUGUCAACAGCUCCAUAAACAUGACAGUGUUCGCAACUAUUGGCAGCGAUCUGCAAUAUAGAUGGCGGGCCAAUGGUGAUCUUUUGCCAUUUAGCACCCCUUCUAUCUCGCAUGUUUUUGACAGCUCGGGGCUGAAGCAGGUAGUUAUUGAGGUCUCCAACAGAGUUAACACAGAGACCGCGUCAGUAUCAGUCAGUGUGCAGGAGCCAGUAUUAGGUGUAACAUUCACCACAACCAAUGUAACAGAGCAGAACUUUGUCGCCAGUGGGGUCAAUGUAUCUUUACAUGGUAAUGUGCAAAUGGGAUCUAAUGUCUCAUGGAUUUGGCUUUUACCAAGUGGAGCAAUCUCAAGCCAGCAGUAUACAUCCUAUAUAUUCCCAUUGCCCGGAACCUUCGCAAUCACGUUGAAUGCAUCCAAUGACAUCAGUAGUGAAGUGCUGUCACGGGAAUUUACUGUGCAAGACCGAAUUCAGGGCCUGGAGUUUAAGGCCAGCACGAAGAGCGCGGCAGUUGGUGAGAAUGUGGAAUUCACCAUUUCUGUGUCCUCUGGUACAUCUGUCACUUACAUCCUGAGCAUCAGUGGUGAUGUAACACUGAACCCCAACAUGACAUAUGUGCACCAGUUUAACAGAGUGGACAGCUAUUACGUCAAUCUCACUGCCUGCAACCAGAUAAGUGUGGAACGGAGGAACCUCCACAUCAAUGUGCAGGAGCGUAUUUCAAAGCUAACCAUCUUGCACUGCUGCGAAGACGCCAUACCUGUGGGUGUUCCCAGGACAUUUGAGGCUCACAUAGAGACAGGCAACCCUGUGGCAUACCUAUGGACCUUCGACCUGCAUCGCGGAGUCAAGACAACUAAGCUUGAUGUGAGAGUGACCUACAUACCUGAGGAACCUGGUUCCCUGACCAUCAUCGUGAGUGCUUUUAAUGGCCUGAGCGUUCAAAAUGAGACCAAGGUUGUUCUCGUUCAGAAUAUUUUACGAUCUGCCACACUAGAGGUGCAACCUCAGGACACUUUCAUAAACAAGACCGUCACCUUCCAUGCAGGAGUUUCUCCACACUGCAGCUCUCUCAAUUACAACUGGAACUUUGGGGAUGGAACCUCUAGCAACAGCACUCCACCUGCAACUCAUGUCUAUUCUCUGCCUGGCCAAUAUGUAGCCCAGGUGAACAUCAGUAACCGGGUUAGCUGGGUUAUGGCACAGUUUAAAGUAAACAUACGUGUACUAGAGUGUGAUGAGCCAGACGUUCAGGUGGUCCAAGCUCCAAGGAUGGCCAUCUGGCGUUCUAAAGCAGCGCUGGUGGAAGCAAGAGUGAAUUUGAAAGGCUGUGCUCGCUAUGGCGCAGAAUAUCUCUGGGAAAUCUUUUCUACACCUCACUGCCAGGAUGUUGAAAAUGGUUCGCCUCCACCCCCAAAAGUCCGGCUUCCCAUCGAAGUCGAUGUCCGAAGGCUCCAGCUGUCACUUCCCAAGAUGUCACUCCUGGCCAAAAACUACACCUUAAUCUUCUCCCUGUCCUACAAGGGAGUGCCUCUAAGGAAAGCAGCCUGUCUUCAUCUGUCGGUGAUGUCUGCCAAGUUGGUGCCAAUCAUUGAGGGUGGCACUUACCGUGUCUGGUCGAAAACCCAAGACCUGCAGCUGAGUGCGGAGCAGUCCUACGACCCCAACCUUGACCCAGAGAGUCAGACCCUACUCAACUACCACUGGGAAUGCGUGAACACCUCAAAGGGAGUCUCUCACUGCUCUACUCUGAACUUCGGCCUGGGCCCGUGGGGGCCUGUGCUCGGUAUCUCUGGAUCAGAGCUGGAGGUGGAUGUUGAGUACACCUUCCGUUUGACCGUCAGCAAAGAGCGCAUGCCCCCUGAAUCCACCCUGCAGAAGGUGCUGGUUAAGAGUGGCCGUAUUCCUAUAGUCUCUCUGGAGUGUGUGUCUUGUAAGGCUCAGUCCCGUUAUGAGAUCAGCCAGAACUCCUAUGUCUACCUUACUGGCACCUGCAGCAACUGCCAAGGUUCCUACAGAGGGCGCUGGACGGCGGUGAACCUUCGGGCCGAGCCGCUGGUGCUGGACCUGAACACCACAACCACAGGGCAGGACAGCAUGCACCUGGUGCUGCGCAGGGGGGCGCUACGCGACGGCGACUCCUACGUCUUCAGCCUGCACGUCACCGAUGACAGCAUGGAGGCGGAGGGCGUGGCCUACAUCGAGCUGCGGCCCAACCUGCCGCCGGCGGGCGGGGCUUGCUCGCUGCGUGCAGACAGGGAGGGGCCAGUGGUGCGUACCCUGCUGGAGAGGGUUCACUUCAAUUGUACAGGCUACCUGGAUGAGACAGACUCUGCGCUGGUCUACAGUCUGCUAGUGCAGCGUUGCUCUGUGUCGUACUGCGAGGACUUUUGUGUGUAUAAGGGCACCAGUCCGGAACAUUCCGCCUUCCUGCCUCCUGGCUUCAGCUCCACCCACCACAAGGUGUUGGUCUACGUCACGGUGGAGGACUACCAGGGUGCCUCCAUCACCGCCAUCAACAGCACCAUGGAGGUGGUGUUGCCCCAUGCUCCGGAAGGCUUCAGCAGUCUGGCCCACUGGCUCUCUACUCUGACUGACUCCAACCUAAAGGACCUGCUGACCCAGGGCGACUCCCAGCGUGUCCGGGAGCUCUCCCUCGCCCUUAUCACCGUGCUCAACCAGUACGAGCAAGACAUGGUGCAGCGGCGGGACCGGGUGAGCAGGCAGGAGAGGCAGUACAGAGUGAGUGUGAGAGCCAACAUCACCAGAGCUCUGACAUCGCUGGACCUGAACACCGUCAGUGACAUCCAGCAGACCUCUGCCGCACUCGCGCAGUGCACGGCGGUGAGCCGGGAGUUUGUGUGUGAGGAGUGUCAGAACAGCACUCUGGAUAAGCUGGAGUCCAUGCUGGAGAUCCUGCAGUCUGACAGCAGGCAGGGCACAGUGACGCCCACAGAGAUAGCAGAUAACAUCCUCAAUAUAAUGGGUGAUUUGAUCCAUCAGGUGAGCGAAGCUGCGUCCUCCCCUCCAGAGCAGUCUGAGGACCAGGGGGCGGGGCCAGGGGCGGGGCCAGGGGCGGCGUCCGAGGAGCAGCCCCACCCCCUGCGCGUGGCAGCCAAGGCAUACACGCUGUCGUCGGAGCUGAUGCAGAUCAUGAUGCACUCGCGCGUGCUGAAUGAGGAGCCCCUGGUGUUAAAGGGGUCAGAGAUCGCCGCGGCGGGCAAGCGUGCCGACCCCCAGAGCCUGCUGUGCUACGGAGCCACGCCCCUCAGCCACGCCCCCGAGUGCCGCCACUUCUCCAUCCCGCGCGCCUUCAACGCCAGCCUGGGCCGCCAGCCCGGCGCGGCCGCCGGGGGCGUGGUCCAGCUGCUCUUCCAGAUGGAGCCCAAUCCCUUCCCCUUCAACUACGUUCCCAACUACACCGUGUCCACGGACGUGGCGUCCAUGGAGUUCCGCACCAGCAACGGCACGCGCAUCCCCAUCUCCGGCUUGGACGAGAGCCAGGCCAUCACGGUCGCCGUCAAAAACGGCACGGGCGCGGGGCCGGGAGGCGGCGGGGCGGGGCUGCCACUGGGGGGGGCCGUGAACGUCACGCGGUGCGGCUCCGUCAUUGUGAGGGUGAACCCGAGGAACAGCAACCGACAGGCAGGAGUCUACAUACAGCUCAACUUCACCUCGCUAGAGGAUUCUCCCGAUGGACAUCAGUCAGACCCAUCAAUCAUGGCCUACCUACACACAUCUGACCGGCCAAAUGAGUACAACAGCACAGACAGGAAACGCAUCACACUGAGCGUGACACGACAAUACAGCCCUGACCACCAAGCCUACACCUUCUUCCUGUCUCCACUCUCGUAUGACACCACGCGGGAGCACUUUGUGAACGUGUCGAUGGGGUGCGCGCGAGGCUGGCCUCUACGAGUGCAGCUGGAGGUGGCCGUGUUCACGGCGCUGUGCCAGUACUUCAGUGAGUCCAGCCGCCUCUGGCAGACGGACGGGAUGGUCCCGCUGGGCGAAACCAGUCCCGCCAGGGCCGUGUGCAGGACCCGGCACCUCACCGCCUUUGCCGCCAGCCUGUUCGUUCCGCCCCACGCUGUCUCCUUUACUGUCCCCGACGUGGCGGCGGGCCGCAGUCUGGUGGUGGUGCUGGUGUGUGUGAUGGGCUUGCUGUGCUACGCUGUGUCUGCUGCUGUGUUCAGGAAGCUGGACCACAUGGACCUGGAGCACGUCUCCGUCAUGCCCCUGUGCGGCAAAGACGGACUCUACAAGUACGAGAUCCAGGUCAAGACCGGCUGGGCCUGGGGAUCAGGCACCACGGCCCAUGUUGGCAUCAGUCUCCAUGGCAGCGAGAGCCGCAGUGGGCACCGGCACCUGGACCGCGCUGGGGCGUUCACACGCAACAGCCUGGACAUCUUCCGCAUCGCCACGGACACCAGCCUGGGCAGCGUGCUCAGGGUCCGCGUGUGGCAUGACAACAAAGGUCUGUCCCCUGCCUGGUUGCUGCAGUACGUCCUCGUGAGAGACAUGCAGACAGGAAGCACUUACUUCUUCUUGGUGGAGGAGUGGCUGUCUGUGGACAGCGAUAAGACGGACGGCAGGGUGGAGAUCGAGGUGGAGGCUUCAGAGGAGGCGGAGCUGCGUCACUGGCCCCGCCUACUCUCCUGGGAGCUGCAGAGGGCAGUGUGUGAGAGUCAUGUGUGGCUGUCGCUGUGGCAACGGCCCCCACGCAGUCCCUUCUCUCGCCUCCAGAGGGCGACCUGCUGCUCUGUGCUGCUUCACUUCAUCCUCCUCGCCAACACCGUGUGGUACGCCACUGUCACCUACGGCAACAGUGGUGUUCCUGUAUCAGAGCAGGUGUCUGUGAGUGUGGAGACUGUGGGGGUGGGGCUAGUGAGCUGCCUACUGGUGUAUCCUCUCUACCUUCUCAUCUUUUAUCUCUUUAGACUGAGCCGCAGCAAGGUGUCAGUGGCACAACUCCCUCCUCAGGUUGACCAAGAAUCUCUGGAAAUCGAUGACUUCCUAGACAGCUCCUUAACAGGAAGUUCUUUCCUCAUCUUCAAUGGAAUACCUACAGAGACUUACUCGGCAGAGACCAACAUUGACUUACCCACUCCAUCCUCUAAAAGGUGGAGUGUUCCUGACGCUGAUUGGCCGGAUGUACUGACUGACCCGUCUGAUGAGGUGGGGGCAGGAUUUCCACCUCGCCUGAAGCGAGGUCAAGGCAGCAGGCACCUGGGUGUUGACAUGACCUUCAACUCAGAAGAGGAAGAGACUGUGGGGGGCCAUGACCACAGGAAUAAAUACUUCACCUCCUCCGAUGAGGAUCUAAUCAAACGGAUCCUGGCUGACGGACAGCUGCUCUCUCAAACGGACAGUGACGUGGGCGAUCUUUCCAGUAUCUUCGGGGAUAAGACUGAGGUUAUUUUCCUUCAGAAGAUGAGUGAAGCUGUUCCACCCGUAGCUGUGCGGAGAGAUCGACCCAAGACUGCAUUCACGUCCCGCGCAGUGGUGACAGAUGUGUGUAAGCCCAGGCCUCUUCCUCCUGUGUGCGGACUGGCUGCCCUCUGGGGGAGCUGGGUGGGGCUAAUCCUGUCCAGCAGCAUCUCCAUGUGGCUGGGGCGGAGCUUCAGUGAGGGUGUCGCUCUCAUGUGGCUUCUUUCCUGCAUCAUCAGUUUACUGAUGUCAUUCUGCAUUCUGGAACCUUUAAAGGUGCUCCUGGAGGGGGCGUAUUACGGACUGCUGGUGGGCCGUCUGCGGGCGGAGGAGGGGGACGUACUGGUGGAGUGUCCACGGGUGGAGCGGGUGGUGCAGAAGGUACCCAGGGUGCGGCCCCCUCAGGGAUUCGCCCUCGCCCAGGCCAGAGAGGAAGCCCGCAAGGUGCACCUGCUGCACAGCAUGCUGAAGGGCUUCCUAACCUACAUGCUUUUCCUACUGGUGGUCCUGCUACUCAACUACACCCACUCGGCCAAAGACCCUCACCGACUGAGACUGCACGCUCAGCUGGAGAAACACCUUCACAGCACACACUUCAGGAACAUCAGCAGGCGUGAGGACGUGUGGGCGUGGCUUUCCAAUACCCUGUUGCCGCGGUUGCUGGACGGGCCCGCCCUCAUGGAGGGGACAGGCAGCGUACUGCUGGGCAAGCCCCGCCUCCGACAGCUGAGAUCAGACCCAGCUUGCCCCUCACACGGACAUUUCCCAGCAUCCUUUUGGUUUGGAUGUGGCCACGCAGGGUGGGCGGAGUCAAGCUCGGGGUUAGCACUCAACUGGAGCAGGAGUGUGUCUCAUAGCAACGGAGCAUGGCACUGGGGUAAGCUUUCUGUGUACGACAGCAGUGGAUUCAUACAGGAACUGAGCAGAAAGAUGCAAGAAUCUAAAACUCUCAUCAAGCAACUCCACACACACCAGUGGCUGGAUCCACUGACGAGGGCUCUGUUUGUGGAGUUCUCCCUCUACAACACAAACACAGACGUGCUAGCGGUCGUGUCUUUCCUGCUGGAGUUCCUCGCCUCUGAGCGCGCUCAGUCCAGCCUAGAUCUGAAGACCUGCAGCCUGCACCGCAGCAUGGACCUCCCACUGUUCCUCACGAUCCUCCUGAUGAUACUAAUCAUUUACUUCUCCGUGCGAGAGGGCGUGGCUGCCCGGAGGCAGGGGUGGGGCUAUUUCCUACGCGCGUGGAACGUGGCGGGCGUGUGCACUCUGCUGCUGGCGGCCUGCGUCUCCGCCCUCCACCUCGGUCGCUCCGCCCUCACCUCCUGCCUCUGGGCUUCGAUUCGGCAGCAGCGGGAGUCGUUCGGCGACCUUUUCCCGCUGGCGCAGCAGAGCCAGCUCCUGACCCGGCUCAGCGCCACUCUGCUCUUCCUGCUCGUCCUCAAGGCGUCUCAUCAGCUGCGCUUCCUGCGGGAGUGGGCGGUGUUUGGCAGAGCUCUGAGGAGAUCCGUCUGGGAGCUGCUCAGUGCUGCCCUUGUCCUGCUGCUGCUGUUACUGGCGUACGCACACACAGGACACCUGCUUUUUCACUCCGUCCUAGAGGGCUACGGAUCAGUGGGCUCUGCCUGCCUAUCACUGCUAAGCUCCAGAGGUCAUGGACUUUUAUUGUGGCGACCCGACCGAGGCUUCUCCCCCUCCUCCACUUCCUGUUUCUUGUUCCACAUCAGCUUCACGGUGCUGCAUCUUCUUCUGCUCUGGCUGGUAACAUCAGUGUUGCUAAGGAACUAUCGGCAGGCGAAGGCGGAGUUGUACCGGCCAGCCGUUGACAUGCAGGACUAUGAGAUGGUGGAGCUGUUCCUACGACGCCUGAAAAUGUGGAUGGGCCUUAGUCGCACCAAGGAGUUCCGUCACAAAGUGCGCUUUGAGGGUAUGGAGCUCCCUCCAUCUAGAUCUUCAUCCACGAGCGACUGCAAGUCCCUCUGCCUCCCUCCCCUGGACACCCCCGAGGCCCCCCCAACCCCCGACAGCGUGGAAUGUGGCUCAGAGGCUUCCUGGCAGCUCACUUCCAGCAGCCCAUGCAGCCUGGCCGAGGCUCCGGGACUCAGUGUGGGCCCCAUCUUAGCCUCGGGGGUGCCGGUAGGAGGACAGACUUGGAGAGAGCGUGCAGAGAUGGAGGUCACCCUUCGAAGGGUUCUUCCAGCCUUCGAUGCUUUGCUGUUACAGCUAGACCGGGUUACCCAGGCAACAGAGGAACUGUACCGCGCCGAGUGCCGGCUGGAAAAAGUCCAGAGGGAGAGCCGGGGGUGGAGCUACGAGAGACGCACCAGCCGCAGUCGGGACUCUGCGGGACAGAGGAAACAUAGCAGGGGACACCGGGGCUCACGAAGACAUUCUCACACAGAAACGAGCGCAAGUCCCCAAAAAGCUGAGAAAGGUCUCGGCACUGAAGACGGGGUUUAUCGCAAGGGCCACAAAAGUUCUCACAAAACUGAUGAGGACCUCCUCGAGGGAGAUCCCAGUUCACAUCAGACACAUCCUCAACAGGACUUACUGAUGAAGGUUUCAAGUCCCCAAAGGAUUGACAUGUGUAGUCGUAAAGCGCAAGUAAGCCCCGACAGGAUGGAAGCACAUACCAGUAAAACAACUGAAAAGAACCUUCACAAGAUGGAAGAAAGUGCCCUCAAGGCAGAAGCAAGUGCAGGCACAGGGGAAGGAAAUUCCCAAAAGACCCCCAGGGGUCCUUAUAUGGUGAUCUCAAAGCCCAAGAAGGUUGAUCCAAACAUCCUCAAAGUUGCUGAGACUGUUGACGGUACCAGCAGACCUACAGCCCCUCCAACACCAACACCCAGCCCAACUACUUCCCCUCCUACUACUCCUGGUUCAACUACAACAAAUCCAACCCCAAUUCCUCGUGCUCUUGAGUGGGUUCCCCCUAGUAACAGCGAGGACCUCCCCUCCAGCCUUUUCCGGCAUCCGGCGCACACUAUCACCCUGCCCACACACAAGCGCAAGCACAAACCCCCGCCACUGAAAAACAAGGUCCACCCCAACCCAGACAGGCAUAUCUCAGGACACUCUAAAUCUUGAGGACCCAAGGAUUCCAAUUGAUGGAAAAUUGGAAAGGAGGUCACAUAAGAAUGAAGUCUAAUAUUUUCAGGUAACGAGACAAAGAAGGUUUAGUGACUUAUUAAGGAUUAGUUGAGGGUUCAUUGUUGUGUUAUAAGAGUUUGGUGACAGCAGGUUUUGUUACCAACUCUUCAAGAGAAACUGAAAAAGAGGGUUAAACAUGGGGAAAUCAACAAUCGUAUCACAGCUGCCUUAUCAAUCUAUCCCAGAGCAGAGCAAUUUGUCACAUGGUAUCCAGUUAGCACGGCAAUAAGGUGCUGGUCACGCUUUUGAGCUCACCCUCGUGAAACUUUGUCUCACGUCCCUCACCUUCCUUCACUUUGAAUGACCUCAGUCCAGCCCCAUGACCCUGGAGGUCAAAUGGGCUGAAACCGACAAGGGCACAACUUGUGCUGUCAUAGCAACAAAAAGAAACCACAGGAAGUAACAUGAUAAAACUAUAUUGCAAAACUAUUUUCACAAGAUGGUCGAUAUGUAGUGAUAUUUUGCAGCAUUCAAGUUGUGUCAAGUUAUGUAUUAUGUAUUGUUUUAUGAUGUUCGAUUAAUAUUUUUUGACUCAUCACAGAAGGAAGCUAUUGCGAAGUAAUGGGCAAAUAUUGUGCCCAUUGGUGCAGCCUAUUUGGAAGCUGAAACGAAAAUCACACACAAUUGAUCCCACAAAUACAUUGAUAGACACAGAUUAACAUAUCAACAUUAUGCACAUAGAUUUAUGCUCGCAGGUACUUAAGCAUAAUGCAUGCUUCUUAUUGUACAGGUAUCUAAUUGACAGACAUGCAAACGGUAUGAUAGCAAGCAACCAUCUCCACACAGACACUUAUGUAGAGGUUUUCAGGGUGCUCAAACAUUGGCAAACCUCACUGUCCCCAAAUGACCCCUAAACUCUUCCACUUCCAAUCAAAAUCCGAAUAAUCUUGAGCAUUUGUCAAACCUAAAGGACCUCAAAGAAAAGCAGUUCAGAGCGAGAAAUGUCAGGAUUGAAUGAUGGUAAAGAAAAGUCAGGAGUGAAUGAUGGUGGGUCACAGAAGAUUGUGUGCUUCCAGACAAGAAAGGUAAGAAUGAGAAGGAGAGGAAGAUGGAACCUAAGUAACUGAGGAAAGGAAUUUUUUAAAGCAUGAAUAGCUGAUCUGGAAAUGUAGGUCCAACAUUCUGCUUUCAUGUAGUUCCUCUAUAUUCACAUGACAUGUUGUUACUUGCAGGAACACAUAUGUUAUAAUGCAUUAUUAAAUGUAAUAAUUUUUGUUACUUUUUUAAAUUGUUGCUUUUGAAAUAUUUUUAUUUUUAUUUAAAAAGGCACUUUGUAUUGAUGUACGUAAGUGAUUGCUUAGAAGAGUAAUUGUGUGAAUCUUUUGAAAAUGAAGUAAAUAAGCUUGGUAUAACAUUAAUAAGAGAUAGCUUCAAGAACAUUACUCGUCGUAUAGAUUGGCCAAGGCUUGCUAUUCAUUUAAGCAUCAAGAGAGUUAUUUGAACUAAAAGUUUCUUGUAUACCUUGCACUUUAUUUCAACGUCAGGCUUUUAUGCUAUGCCAUAUUUAAUAACUCAUCUGGAAUGUUGAUUGUCUCUAGCAAACCCCACCUCACUUGCCAGAAUUCUGUUCACUUAUCUUACAUCAGGAAACAAAACGUAUUAGCAUUCAUUUGUUGUUAGACCUCAUUGUUACUCUGUCUCCUGUAAAGUACAAAUAUUUAGCCCUAAACACAUUGUUUACCAUGCUGAUACUCAGGGACCCUUAAAAAAACGUCAAAUCAGGAUGACACUGUUUUUCUGUUGAUUUCUUUGCUUGUUGUUUGUAUUAGGACAUUUGUGACAGUCCCAUAGUGUCAAUAAUACUAAUAGUGUUUAGACUGAAGUGCUUUAAACCAAAGAACCCAUUUUGAGACCAGAAACAGGUGGUUACACUUCUCGUGAGGAGAGGCCUGCCAUAGGAAGCCAUGUUGUCUAUAUUUUCGGCUCAUUCCAGUCACGUUUCUAAGUGUUCAGGCAGUGUGUGUACAUAAUCCGUGCGCUCUGAUGUAAAUAUUGCAGUAAAUAUAUACAGUACCGCUGCUUCCCUUGUUUGGCUUCAAGAAAACCUGCACUGACCACACUGGUAUUUUUAUCUUCACCCAAAUGGACUUUACAUAACACUUCAGUAUUUUCAGCACAGCAACCUCACGUUUUGUUUUUGUUUUCCUUGUUUUGUUCUUGUUCUUUGCGGUUUUGUUUUGUCUUGCAAGACACACAAAUAUCAAUAGUUAUUAUUGAGCAGUAUUGAAGCGUGUUGGCUUUUAUUGCGUAGGGCCUACUGCUAAUGCUCUAUUGACAUUACCAAUAGUAAAAACAAAACUGUACAUCUUGGCUUUUGCUUGCGUCAAAUAAAAGCUUUUGCAUUGUACAAAAUCCAGAAAAACACAUCUGAAGUGCCAAAGUCAAUGUCCAUGCUAAAUAUAUCUUUGCAUCAAAUGUUAAAUGCAUUUUGUUCAACGCAUCAACUGUGUGUGUGUUUGUGUUACACUUAUCUUGUAUUCUCGGUCUGUAGCACGUCGCCUUAAAUGCUUUUGCACUUGACAAAGUCAAAUAAAGUGUCUGACCGCCAAG